AUUUUCACUAAAAAAGGGGUUUCGUAAGGUAGCUUUUCGGAACAGAAUUGACGCUAGUUAGUCGCUUCGCUGUUUUAUACUUUAUAAGUCACUUACCUGGGUAGUUAUUUAUUCAUUAAUAAUAAAUUAGGCUGAAAUUUGUAAAGAUGUCUGGCAGAACAAGAAAAAGAGCCAAAGAAGAAGAUGCUUCAACAAAUUCAAAACGUAUCAAGGAAGAAGAGAAUACUACGAAAGAUGUCAAACAAGAACUUGAUACUAAACUUUUAAAACAAAUUAAAAAAGAAGAUGACAAUAAAGAUAGUUAUUGGGAAUGGGAGGAUGAUGGACAUAAGUGGACAAAAUUUGAUAAUUCUUUAAAUAAUGAUAUAGCAGAUGCAUUUAAAAAUGGCGUUCAAAAAACAAAGUUGUUAAUUACUGACAAGAAAUUUGAAAUAAUAUUUGAUCGCAUGGUGCAAAGAAAUUUAACAACAUGCUGGGAGAGAAGAAUACGUGCUAAUAAAAAUGGAGAAGAUGGAGGGUUAUCAGGUAAAUACUGUUAUGUUAAUGCCAGUGGAGAAUGUACAGUAUACAAUGAUUGUGUCCAAAGGUUAAUAUUUGCUGCCAAAUGCUACAAUAUGGAGCAAGUUAUUUUUGUUUAUAAAAAUCAAAAGUUUACAAUAAACUUAAAAAAGAUGGAACAAAUUAACAACAAAACAAAAGAAGUUUUUAAAAUAUUUGUUAACCAGCAAAGUGUUCCUUUGUCAGAUGUUUGUAAUAAAUCUGACAUUAAAGAAAACUUAUCUGAAGAUAAAUCACAGUCAAAAGUGAAAAAAUCUCAAACUAUUUCAAAUGAAUUGAAAUCUAUAACAUUUAAAGGAAAAUGUCCUGUUGAUAGUCUGUGUCCUCUCGUGGAAACUUAUCAUGUAUAUUUUGAAGGGAAAAACAUAUACGAUGCCAUGCUUAACCAAACCAAUCUUAAAAAUAACAACAAUAAAUUCUUUUUGCUUCAGAUACUUAAAUCUAAUACAGGAAAUUCAUUUGCUGUAUGGUUUCGUUGGGGCCGUGUUGGACUGCCUGGACAGAAAAAUUUAAUUAAGUGUGGAACUGAUUUAGAGGAGGCAAAACAGUUGUUUUGCAAAAAAUUCUUGGAUAAAACUAAAAAUGAAUUUGCGGAUCGGGAGACUUUUGUUAAAGUACCUGGAAAGUAUGAUCUUCUAAAAAUGGAUUACACUGCUAAUGUUAAAGACCAAGUGGACGCUCCUCAAACAGAUAUCAAAAAGUCUAUACCUGAAUCCACACUUCACAAAAAAUUGCAGUCAUUGAUAGAAUUAAUAUGCGAUGUUAAAACAAUGGAAGAUGCAAUGGUUGAAAUGAAGUAUGAUACAAAAAAAGCACCUUUAGGCAAACUUACAAAGGAACAGAUUAAAGCAGGAUAUAAAGCACUUCAAAAAAUAGAUCAUUGCAUCACUAAUAAAAUUACAGAUGACAGACUUAUAUUAGCGUGUGAUGCUUUUUAUACUCGAAUACCUCAUAGUUUUGGAAUGCAGCGUCCUCCAGUCAUUAAAACCAAGUUAGAACUUAAAUUGAAAAUCCAAUUGCUUGAGGCUUUAGGUGAUAUUGAAAUAGCACUUAAAGUAAUAAAUGAGAAACCUAAUUGCUUAUUAAACCCUAUAGAUCAACACUAUAAUGCUCUGCAAUGUAAACUUGAGCCUUUAUGUCAUUCCUCAAAUGAGUUUCAAAUGAUCACAAAAUAUACACAAAAUACUCAUGCGAAAACACAUAAUCAAUAUAAGAUGGAAGUGACUGAUGUGUUUGUUUGUAAUGAUGAAAAACAAAACACUAACUUUAUAGAUGUUGGAAACCGCAUGCUACUUUGGCAUGGUUCUCGCCUAACAAAUUGGGUUGGUAUACUAAGUCAAGGGCUGAGGAUUGCACCACCUGAAGCUCCAGUAACCGGAUAUAUGUUUGGAAAAGGUGUCUAUUUUGCUGAUGUAUCAUCUAAGAGUGCUAACUACUGUUAUCCUACGCGCACCAAAAAUGUUGGAUUUGUUCUUCUAUGUGAAGUAUCUUUGGGAAAGACAAGGGAAUUACUGGAUGCUGACUACAAUGCAGAUAAACUUCCUGAUGGUUACCAUAGCACCAAAGGUCUUGGGAAAGUUGCAUGUUCUGAUAAAGACUAUAUCACAUUACCUGAUGGUUUAAUUGUACCUGUUGGCGUGCUCUCUGAAGUCAAGAAUAUGAAAAAUUCGACUCUUAAUUACAAUGAAUAUGUUGUUUAUGACACACGCCAGAUAAAAUCACGGUAUUUGGUUCAACUAAAGUUCAUAUUUGAUUAAAACUAUGUUAAAAGAAGAACAAAAUGAAACUGCA